ACAGACGAAAACAUCGUACGACGCACAUUUUCUGUGUGAUUUAAUCAUUAUAGGGAGUUUUUAGAAAGACUGCCUUCUGAACCACAGCGAGAUGAUGGAGUAUACAUGAAACUGACCCUUCAUUUCGGAUAGAGUGCAACUGUUGAGUCACCAUGGGUAACCAGUUAACAGGGAUUGCCCCAUCCCAGAUUCAGCCUGUGGAACAAUACCUCACUGAAGUGUCAGACUGUGAAUAUGAUGGCAGUUUGGGGAGUACCAGGUUUUUCAAAGUUGCUCGAGCUAAGGGGAAGGAAGGCCACAUGGUUGUGAAGGUGUUUGUCAUACAUGACCCCUCUUUGCCUCUCGCAUCACACAAAGACAAACUGGAAGAGUUACGCUCUCGCCUUCAAGGAGCAUCAAAUUGUCUCCCCUUCCAGAUGGCACUGCACUUGGACAAAGCUGCGUUGUUGUUCCGUCAGUUUGUCAAGGAUAGUUUAUACGACAGAAUUAGCACAAGGCCUUUCCUUAACCUGGUGGAGAAGAAAUGGAUAGCCUUCCAGCUACUCUGUGCUCUUAACCAAAGUCAUAAACUCAAGGUAUAUCAUGGAGACAUCAAGUCUGAGAAUGUGAUGAUUACCAGCUGGAACUGGGUGCUGCUCACAGACUUCGCCAGUUUUAAACCCACCUACAUUCCAGAGGACAAUCCAUCAGAUUUCAACUAUUUCUUUGACACAUCAAGACGACGCACAUGCUACAUUGCUCCAGAGAGGUUUGUGGAGACAGGAUUCAAAAACCUGGAAGUGACUGGUCAAACAAAUCAUCUGGACAUCACCGGGGGAGAGAUAAAAACAGGGGAGCUAACCAGUGCCAUGGAUAUCUUCUCUACUGGGUGUGUUAUAGCUGAACUGUUCACUGAGGGAACUGCACCAUUUGACUUGUCACAGCUGCUGGCCUACAGAAGUAGAGAGUACAGCCCAUGGAAAAUCCUGGAGAAGAUUGAGGAUGUGCCUAUGAGGGAGCUCAUCCGUCACAUGAUGCAGAGAGAGCCAAGUCACAGGUUGUCUGCAGAAGAGUACCUCAUCCAACAGAGAGGGAAGGUGUUCCCUGAGUAUUUCUACACCUUCCUCAAGCUUUAUCUACAGAGGUUUGCCAUGAUUCCUAUCGUACCACCGGAUGACAGAGUGGUAAGGAUAAGUCGUGACCUGCUGGACAUUCUGAGCCGAAUGAACAUUCGCCCCGACCACCCCGAGGACAACACCGGCCUUGUCUUGGUCAUCAGCCUGGUCACUUCCUGUGUCAGAAAACUUCAUUAUUGUAGCACCAAGCUUGUUGCCCUGGACCUGAUGUUAGAGUUGUCCAGUCAUAUGACAGCAGAUAUCAUAGUGGAUAGGAUUUUGCCAUACAUGCUGUAUUUUGUGAAUGACCAUUUCCCCAGAGUGAGAGCAGCUGCACUCAGGACCAUCACCAAGUGUUUGGCAGGACUAAAAUCUGUACCUAGAACAGAUGCCAAUAUAUUCCCUGAGUAUAUUCUUCCAAAUUUGUCCCAUUUAACCCAGGAUCCUGUUCCUUUGGUGAGGGUAGCAUAUGCUGAAAGCAUCGCUCAACUAGCUGAAACUGCUCUUAGUGUGUUAGAGAUGAUGCACAUAAAGGAGAUGAGCUGUGAGGAGGAUACCUUGGAAGAUAACCCUACAGCCCCGGAAUACCAGACAAACUACGAUGUAGAGCUACAGACCCUACAUGAGAUGAUCCAGCAGAAAGUGGUCACCCUGCUCAGUGAUCCAGAUAACAUAGUUAAGCAGACACUGCUUGAGAGCGGCAUCACUCGACUCUGUGUCUUCUUUGGCAGGCAGAAAGCAAAUGAUGUGCUUCUGUCCCACAUGAUCACUUUCCUUAAUGACAAGCUGGACUGGCAUUUGAGAGGCUCAUUCUUUGACAACAUUAUCGGUGUGGCAGCUUAUGUUGGUUGGCAGAGUUCUACUAUUAUGAAGCCUCUACUACAGCAGGGCCUGAAUGACCCAGAAGAGUUUGUUGUCCACAAGGCUCUGGGAACAUUGACAUCAUUAACAGAACUCAGUCUAGUACAGAAACCACUGCUCUACGACUUUGUCAAAGAUGUUGUUCCUCUGUUAGCUCAUCCGGGUGUGUGGAUCAGGCAAGGGGCUGUUGGGUUUAUAUCUGCUGUGGCACGGAUGUUAAAUAUUGCUGAUGUCCACUGUCGUCUCCUGCCGCAAAUACAGCCAUUCCUCAAGCAGCCAAUCCUUCAGCUGGACAAAGAGGUUGUGUUGUUAAAUAGCCUCCAGGAGCCCAUAUCCCGGCCGAUAUUUGACUACGUGCUGCGCUCCCCGAACAUUGACCGACUCUUCAACGCCCUUCAGGAACGCAGCCACAUGCGACAGAUUAGUCGCCAUGGCCACAAGCCCGCCUACGACGAGAUGGAUGAAGGAAUGGCUCUGACAUUCCGUAAGUUGACCUCUCAGGGAAUGACAGAAGCGCAAGAGGACAGACUACUGGCUCUGAAAGAUUUUACUUUGAAAAUACAGCGAGCCAGAGCAGGAUCUGCUGAAUCUAAGGUAGAUGGUAAGCUGGAUGAGAGGAAUGGAGCAGUGGAUCUUUAUCAGAUUUCCAAAAUCACUGUGAGGAGACAUGCUGAGCUGCACAAACCCAAGGAAACCUCUGUCAGGAAGAAGAAGAAACCAGAUGCAGUUGAAACAGCAGGAACAGUGAUGAAUCCCGAGUGGAAGAGCAUGUUUGGCUCUGGCAGCCACUCCAGUGUUGAGCGAGCGCUAUCCUCCUCCCCUAAGGGACGCUCUAAAGGCCCUAUGCUGGGGGAUAAGGUAUCUCAGGAUGGGUCACUGGGUGUGAUUAGUAGCACAUCUCUGAGUGGGGUAUCCUCUCUCCAGUCCAGCGCAGACUCCUUCAAACGCCAGGCCACAGCCCCAGAGAAAACUGGUCCACAGACUCGAUAUGCCGUGUGCAAACUAGAGCUACGUAACCUAGUGUACAAGAGGAGAGAACAGUAUACUGCUGAUGUCUUGUCCAAGGAUUUACUGGAGGGCAUCGCCUGGGACAGUCGGCCUCCCCCCACAAACUGGAGGCCAAAAGGCAUGCUGGUGGCCCACAUGCAGGAACACAGGGCAGCCGUCAACAGGAUACAGGUUAGCUCUGACCACACCUGUUUUGCCACUUGUUCUAACGAUGGUACGGUCAAAGUGUGGGACUGUAGUCGCUUUGAGGGCAAGAGUGUGGCUAAUAGGUCGAGACAGACCUACAACAAACAAGGUGGACAGGUGAAAUGUCUGACAUACUGUGAGGAAUCGGCUUCUCUGGCCUCAGCCUCUGAGAAUGGUACCAUCCAUGUUUUCAGGAUUGAGACUGGGGCCAACACAUACAAACUGAAUACCUGUGAUAUAUUUGAUGUGGGAACAGAUGACAAUGGACAUGUGGUGGAUUUGACUCACUUUGAUACAGGUGCCCAGAGUGUGCUGACCAGCGCCACAGUCAAUGGUUAUCUGCUGGCCUGGGAUCUUAGGGCCAGGGACGAGCCAAUCUGGAAGCUGAGAAAUGACCCCAAGUGUGGCUUGAUCACAUCCCUGGCCGUGCAUCACACCCAGAGCUGGCUGUGUGUGGGGACAAGCAGUGGCGCACAGGUUUGCUGGGACAUGAGGUUCCAGCUGCCCAUCACCACAGUACAACACCCCACAAAUGCAUGGGUUAGGCGUGUGGCAAUCCACCCUCGAGAACAGUCCUGGGUCAUCUCCUCUGUCCAGGGAAACAAUGAGGUGUCCAUUUGGGACAUGGAGACAGGGGCCAGGCAGAAAACAUUGUGGGCUAGCAGUGCCCCUGCCCUCUCCCAAACACAGAUGAGUAACCAUUCCACACAAGGCAUGCAUGUGGGUCACACAGAUAGCAAUGUGUUUUUGCUCACUGGGGGGACAGAUAUGAGGGUGAGGUUCUGGGAUCUGACUACACCUCAAAAUAGCUUUGUUAUGGCAGGGGCAGCCUGUGAUACCAGCAGUCAAACGGACAUCAAGUACAGAAUGAAGGUCAUUGAUGGCACAGAGGUUAUCCAGGAAUUUUACACCAAGAAAAACGCUGGUAAUGAUGACAUUCCACGCCGCGCGCCUGAUGCCCCGGCCUUGGGCCACCAUGACACAAUCAGCGAUGUUGGCGUUUGCCAGGCUACACAGUGCUUUGUCAUCUCAGCGUCCAGAGAUGGGGUGGUUAAGGUGUGGAAGUGAGCACAGCCUGCUGCAGAACCAAGCCGCGCUCAAGUUACAUGUACUUAUACUGACUGAUGAUGUCAGAAGUGGUAACUGGUCCCGAUUUCUUGAAAGAUGUUAUGAGGAGAAGUGUGGAGAUAUUAUGACUAGCGGUUACAAUUAAGGAGAAGGCAUACCAAAAUCCAAACAGGUCUGAUGUCCAAAUAGAUAUGUGUGAUGCAAUAACUUUCACAUUGACCAUGCUACAAGGACUGGAAAAUAAUAUUCUUUAUUGUUGACUAGGCUGAAGAAACUGGAAAAGCUGGGACAUUUAAACAGCCUGCUUGAGAACAACAAAGGCUUUUUACAUGGUGCCUAAUACACGUAGACCAAGCCCCAAGAUCACAAAGCGAAUAAUAAAGUCAAAAUUUCAAAUCAUUUUAAAAUAGUUAUUUCCUAUACAACAAGGUCAAAAUAUUGCUUGAAAACUUAAAUUAUGGAUACUGUACAACAAAUUUCAGCUGAGAUAAGGGAAAGGAACAUACGAAAUUUAAUGAUUGAAAUUUUCGUUGGCACCAAAAUACAAACACAUGCCUUUCCAAGGGAUAAACCAUAUCCAUGUCAGUUUGGCCAAUAAUGUAGCCAUUUAUGUUAUGGCCAAAAGAACAGGUACCGACAUGAUUCUUAUCUUUACUCCUACUUCUACAACAGAUCAAAAGAAAGAUGAAGAAAGUAAAGAUCUUUUUGGCAGUCCUCGUUGUCUCUGUCCUCCAUGAUUGUAUUGUGUCUGCUUUUACUGGUAAUUCCAGAAUGCUACCCUAAAUCCUGAACAGAUUCCACCACAGACAUAGUGCAUAUGUAGGCAUAUAACAUGAAAUGUUCUCUAAAGUGAACAGUUUAUUUUAUACGUUUGUGAAGUCCAUAGCUGCUUCUAAUUCAGCAGGGUGCUUUAGUCUUCAAAAUCUUAUGGAUUAUCUUCACAAUUUGGAUUUAAAGUUAUGCUGGUCAAGUUUGUUGAGGACUUAGGGGACAUACAUGUACAGUAAAGAUGUGGGAUACUGGAAACAACUAUAUAGGAGGCAUUGGGUUUGUGGCAAUAGUUAGUCAUACAUGUAUAUAACUGAAAGCUCAAGCUCAACAUUUACCUUCAGACUCCUUGUAUAUGAAAUAUUAUUGUAGUCAUUAUUUUGAUCUGUGUUGAAUAUGUCUUGAUGACUUCCACUGGUGCUCUCAGCAUGUGUAUUUUGUUUUCUGCUCAGAUGUUGUUAAACAUGUACAUGUAUAGUCUAAGUCGAACCCUCUGGCCGCGGGAUCAUGAAACGACCCAGAACUUUCGUUAUAUUCAAGCAAUAUUUUAACUUUGUUACAUAAGAAAUAACAAUUUUAAAGUAAUUUGAAAUUUUGACAUAGAUAUAAGACUAUUGCUUCAUGAUCCCAGGGCAUGAUGAUAUCAGAAGACUUUGAGUGAUUUGGUCAGGGUUUUAACACCACAAGGUGAUGUACACCCAGUGAUGCAAGUGCAUGUCAGUGUGUUAGGUAGGUAUGGCUUUUGGCAGGAUCAUUUCUAUGAAGACUUGCCAAAAUAUCUGCUGAAAACCCCUGGGGUAAUGGCGAGUUACCAACUGUUCAUUCCAUUAGGUUUUAGUCCAUAUUCAUUGUGUGAAAAAUCAACACACUGGAAAUAGACAGUAAAACCUAGCUGGAUUGAUUCUGCUCUCGGAGAAUUCAGCUUUGUACAUUGUUCACUGGAUAUGUCAGCUUUGUACAUUGUUCACUGGAUAUUUCAGCUUUGUACAUUGUUCACUGGAUAUGUCAGCUUUGUACAUUGUUCACUGGAUAUUUCUUCACCAUAUCAUGUACAUGUACAAAAUAAUUGUGAUUAAGAUUGUACAAAGGUGUUUGUAUGUAAUAAAGAGUUAAUCCGGCCUAAGUGUGUAAUAUAUGUGUAAAGUGUGACUUAUUGUACACUUCAUUUGACCGGAACUUGUAAUGCAGAGUGAAUCCUGAGUCAUUGUGCAGGAUCAUAAAUAUACAUGAACAUGUAAAGUAUGCUUUUAGUACAUUACAUUUGUGAUGUACCAUUGUUUGUAAUAAGAAGGUAAUCCUGAGUCAUUGUGCAGAAUUUGUAAUAUAUAUAUUACAUUUGUGAUAUAGUACUUGUAAUAUUAAGGAGUAAGUCCACAGUAAUUGUACAGGGUUUGUAAUAUAGAUGUGAUGAAUGCUGCAGUUGUGAUUUUGAAGU